AUGGAUGUUCCCCAGCUGUCUCACAGGUGUGCCCUCACGCUGCCCUGCUGUGCAGAAGCUGGUGGGGCCACCUGUGCCAAAGCCCCCCAGGUCACGGGGGUCACAGUUCAGCUGGAGAUGCACACGCUGUGGCAACAGUUUGACCAGCUGGGCACAGAGAUGAUCGUCACCAAGGCUGGGAGGAGGAUGUUCCCUACCUUCCAGGUGAGUAUCUCAGGGAUGGACCCUGCAGCGGAGUAUGUGCUGCUCAUGGACUUCAUCCCUGUGGAUGACAAGAGAUACAGAUAUGCGUUCCACAGCUCCUCGUGGCUGGUGGCAGGCCGGGCCGACGUGGCGGCCCCGGGGAGGAUGCACUUCCACCCUGACUCCCCCGCCAGAGGCUCCCAGUGGAUGAAACAGAUGGUCUCCUUCGACGCACUCAAACUGACCAACAACCUGCUGGAUGACAAUGGGCAUAUGAUCUUGAACUCCAUGCAUCGUUACCAGCCUCGAUUCCAUGUGGUGUAUGUGGACCCACGGCGGGAUAGCCAGCUUCAUGCCCACCGCAACUUCUGCACCUUCUCCUUCCCGGAAACACGCUUCAUAGCCGUCACUGCCUACCAGAACCACAGGAUCACCCAGUUGAAGAUAGCCAGUAACCCGUUUGCCAAGGGCUUCCGAACUACUGAUCCUGACGCCUGGGUGGGCAGUGCCAGGCCCCUGCGUCACUCUCUGCCCACCUGGCAGCCACAGGAGGGCAGCCACGAGCCUGACAGUAUGUCAGGAGAGCAGCGAGCACAGAACCUAAAGAGUCUAUCAAGAUUAGAGGAUUAAAACAUUGCCUCUCUAUCAACAGCGCAUCGUGAACUAGGCCACCACAGCAGGGAAGACAUCAACUGUACCAGUGAGAGAAAGGAUGUGGAGAAUAAUAUUUUUCCACCUUUGACUUUCAUCCCCCUUCCCACUCUCUGGGAAUGUCCAGGCAUUUCAGAGAGACUGAACCUGGGAUGAGAGGAGGGAAUGUCUUACAUAGUCCCAUUGCUAAAGAUCUUCCUACAGUAGCCCACAUUCUCCUUCAAUAUGUGAAUAUCUCUCUUCAUUAUUUCUCAAAGGAACCAAGUGAAAAUGUUCUAUUAUGAGCUCAAUCAUUUAGCCUAUUUUCUUUGAUUGUUUCAUCUUGGGCUGGUGAUUUUAGAUAUGACUUUUUACACAAAGCACACGAGGCAAUAUAGGGGGA